AUGGUAUUUGUGUCUCAAAAAGGUUAUGCGAUGAAAUUGGUUGAGAGGUUUGGUCAGGAGAAAAGUAAAACUAGAAUGACCCCGCUUGAUUUUGACACAAAACUCAAACGUGAAGAAGGUUCUCUUCUCCUAGGUUCUCGGCCAUACCGUGCACUUGUUGGUAGUCUCUUGUAUCUAACCAUUACAAGGCCAGGUAUCUCUUUUUCUGUUGGAUUUAUCAGCAGAUUUCUUUCUUCUCCAAGGAAGGAUCAUUUAGAAGCUGCAAAGAAGAUUUUGAAGUAUAUAAAUGCAACUCAAGAUAUGGGACUUCUCUUUAAGAAGAAUGCUGAGUUUUCAUUUAUUGGGUAUACGGAUGUGUAUUUUGGUGGUGACUUGGAUGAUCGAAGAUCUACUUCGGGCUAUGUUUUCUUUUGUGGUGGUACUGUAGUUUCUUGGUGCAAUAAAAAACAAGCUUCUGUUUCUCUCUCAACUACUGAGGCUGAAUACAAAGCAGCUGCUCUUGCUACACAAGAAGGUGUUUGGCUUCACAUAUUCAUUGAAGACUUGCAUCUACCCAUUGCCAAGACAAUUGCAAUCUUCGAGGACAACCAAAGUGCUAUAAAGCUGGCAACAAAUCCCGUAUGUCAUGCGAGAACAAAACAUAUCGAGUUGGAGCAUCAAUUUAUUCGGGAAAAGGUUCUUGACGGAACAAUCUCAACAUUAGAAGUACGAAGUCAGGAGAAUAUUGCUGAUAUCUUCACAAUGAGGUGCAUGUGA